GACUGUGAUCUCAGCUGUUUUCAUUUUGUGACAUGGAAACAUGGACAAAUCAAGAGAUCAUGUGGAAGCCUUCCCUCAGGAGAUCAGACAACUACAGGUUACUGCCGGGCCAAGUUCACCAGGAGACGCCGCAGAGGCCUGGAUCUCACAGCAGCCCACACCCGUCCCUGAAGCGGGGACGUGUCAGGAACAAAGGGGGGCGCUGUUUCACACGCAGGAGGGAGAGACGUCACAGUCCAGAAGAGUCAACAUCUACCAGCAUCUGCCUUCACUGGAGGAACAUGAGCCAGGAGCUGGUUCAGAUGAAAGACAACAGCACAGCAUAGACGUAAAGCAAUUAGAGGACAAAGAAACACAAGUCGACAUGAAAACCAACAGGGAGGCCGUUAAAAGACAAAGACAACUGACACGUCAAAUGAUGGAAGCGGUUGAACAACAGUGGGAUGAAUCGCAGACACAGAGAAAUGAAAUUGCAUUCCUGAGGACAAAGACAGAACAGCAACACAGGGACAUAAACAGACUGACAGCUGAAAACCACGAGCAGUUCACGGCAACGAAAGCAUUGACAUUAAAGAUGGAAAAGGUUAUUGAGAAACUCAAGGAGAACAAAAGUGAAGCCGCUCAAGAGAAAAUGCAACUCCUGAAAAUACAAGCAGAGAUCGACCAGGAAAGAAAAACUUUGGACACACAACGCUGCAAUUUGGAAAUGAUCAAGUACGGUGAGUCAAAAGAGGAAAGUGAGACACACAAAGUGCUCACGAUAAAACAAAAUCAGGAGAUGACGGAGAGACUGCGUGCUGACCGUCUGCUCCGUGCAAUUCACGAAGCAAAACUGGCAAAAGAACAACUCGAGAGAAGCAUAAAAGACAUAAAUCAAGAGCUACAAAUAAGUAAAAACUAUAUUUCAGAACACAAAAGCCACAUUGAAGACGUCAAACGUAAUUUUAAUCUAUAUAUUAACAAGAUGAAGCAAAAGUGGACACGGAAUCCAAGUGAUAGUGAAAUGCAAAGAGUCCCAGAGGUGGAGCAGAGAGUAAGAUAUCAAGAGAGACAAGACACCUCGGACAGUGUGAGAGUAAAACUCGGCAAAAUCUGGGAAGAGAUGGAGAAAGGUUGGGACGCGUUGGAGGACGAUGAACGACGACUGGAAAUGACUGUGACAGAGAAGCUGGAGCUGAAACCUGACCUUGGAGAAAGCACAGGACAAGAAAUGAAAGCUAAUAUUGAGCAGGACAGAAAGACGCUAGAUAGAGACCGACAGUUGGCUAAAGCAGAAAUGGACGAAUUAAAAUCUAUGAGGGAGAGUAACGAAAGGCUAAAACAGGAGCUGGAAGAAAGGUUCCAAAAGACAAGGAGAGAAAUAAGAGAGUUGGAAGUGCUGAACAAUGAGAUUGAAAUGAAGAAGAAGGAGCUGGCAAAAAUGAUAAGACUGAGCAAGAAAAAUAAAGAGAUGAAGAAAGAGACCGAACAUGCUACACAGGACGUGAAGGACAGACAGGAUACGAUGGCGGAACAGGUAGAGACACCAGAAGUGAACCCAGCGGUCAUGCAGAAGGUCAUUUUCGACGUACAAGAAACUCGAAAGCUGCUGCACAUGAUUAGAGAAGAUGCUCAGCACAGGAAGAGAGUCCUCGCAGAAGAAGUAAAAUGGGAGAACUUUCAACAGAAAAAGAAGAAGAGGAAGCUGGAACAGUGGCUGGAGAAGACGACAAAGGAGAGAGACGAGUUGGAAAUCAUGAAGAUACAGAUGCAGCGGCGAAGAGAGGAAGAUGAACAGAAACACAAAGACACAAUAACCACGUUAGGGAUGAUGGGCGAUGUGAAAGACAACAUAGAAAAAGCUGUGACAGAGAUUAGCAACACGCGGGAGGAAAUGCUCAAAGCCCAGAGACAGAUGGAAAAGAACAAGGACGAUGUCAGAACAUUCAUGGACAAGCUGAGUUCCUUGAGAGCUUGGGCCAGCAGAUGGAUAUCAACAGAAUCUGCGAUCAGAAAUUCUUUUUCAGGGAAUAAAUAUCAACUUCAAACGUCCCAGAGGGCAACACACAGAGAAUCUCAUAUGGAGCAGACACAGGAGGUUCCAGCAGAUGAAGAACACAGAGUAGAAGGUGAGAUUGCACAAGCAGGCGUGUCUUUUCAGUAUCGAGACAAAGAGCACAGACACCUUUUUUCAGUGGAAAAGCAGAGCCUUUAUGUACAGAUACAGACAGAAAUUUAUGAAGAAACAUUAAUAGAUGAUGAUCUAAUGACAAAUUUGAGAGAAAGAGAAGAAAUGGAGAAGCAGAUCUUCAGACUUAGGGAAAGUGAAGCGGAACUCAAAGAGCAAAUAAAGAGUCAUAUGGAGGUCAUCGAGGAGAAAAAUCAAGAGAUUAAAAAUCUUAUUUUGGACAUAAUGGAACUGCAAAGACAGAGACCAGAGCCUGAAAAGGAUUUAGUGACAAAUGUGGAAAGACUGCUUCCAGAAACUAAGAGCAGAGACUCUUUAUGGGGAAAUAGACACGAGAUAGACACUUAUGAAUUGGCACCGCAAGUACCUGAUGAGAACCAAAAACGAAAUCAGGAAACAAAAUCAGAUCUGCAGACGUGUAGAGAGGAGAUAGACGGAAAGGACACAACAGAAAGAAGGGAUUUGCAAAGUCUCAGAGCAGAGAUUUCCAGAACUCAAGAAAUCAUGAGAUCAAUUCAACUAGAAGUGAAAACACAACCUGGAAAUGUUGAUGCUGACAAGGAUCCUGAUUAUGAAGAGGGUGAAAUCGAAGGAUUGUUACAGGACAUCAAAGAAUUCCAAGAGUUUUUGAGAAUGGUAAAAAAGCGUCUGGAUGAAGAAACAGGUAACAUGAAAUCAGUGAAAAUGGGUGCAAGGAAACAGAAAAGAGAACUGGAACAGAGGUUAGAGAAAACCUUAAGAGAGCGAGACACCCUGGAUCUUUUAAAAAUUCAAAUGCAGAAACAGAGUGGAGUGAUUGAGGAGAAGAUGGAAAGAAUAGCAAAAGUGAAGAGCACCAUGGAGAAAAUGGCCGUUAAGACUAGAAAUAAAAGUGAUAAUAUACAUUGUAUUAUAAAGGAAUGUGAACUAAACCUAAGACAUUUAGAAGAGAUAAGCUUCAAGUUUACAGCUACAGAACACAACUUCCAAACCAGUUAUCUUUCACUAACUCUGCUGAGAGCUGAGCUGGAAAACAUCAAGAAUCAAAUCAGGAAGGACACAGGGAAGGGAGAUGAAGAGAAAUACAAAACAGAAAUGGACAAACCUGCAAAAAAAGUAAAAUACAAAGCCUUAAAACUCAGGGUCGAUAAGGAGGAACUGGAGACUUACACAACACUGAUAGUGGACAGUUGUGAUGAGAAAAACAGAGACGGUGAGAUACUGCAACAACAGAGGGACGGAGAGACAGAGACUGGGGAAAUAGCGAGACAGCAAGCUGAGGCAGAAAAACACCUCAAGGAGUCUAUGGAGAGACAGAGACAGGAGCUUGAAGACACAGCACAAACAACCAAAAGAGAAAUAAGAGAAAUGGAGCUGCUGAAGUCAGAACUGGAAAUAAAGAGAAAAGAUUGUGUACGGGCACUCAGAAAACUCGCGAUAAUGAGGAAUGAAAUACAAAAUGAAAAAGGAAGUCUGAGGAGAGAGACCAAAAAGAAACAAAGACAAUUAGACCAGAGAUUGGAGAAAAUCAUGCGCGAGAGGGAUGAAUUAGAAGUAAUGAAGAACAAACUUCAACAAGAGAAGAACGAGCUUUGUGCGCAGAAGAUUGUGAAAUGCAAGAUGGCAAACCAAAGCUCAGAGGUCAUUAACUCCCAAAACACAAGACAAAAGCUUCACAUUCUCCUGGAAAUGAUAAGAAGGGAAACAGAAAUUCUGAAGAAUAUGAAUGUUGUCUUAGAGAAACAAACAGAAGGGCUCAAAGCCUUACAAGGUGAGAAUAGAACCAUAAGAGACAACAUGAACACAAUCAAAUUGCAGAUAAAGACGGCCUUCAACAAACUGACUGAACAAGCUUCAGCAGAGAUGAAUCAAACAGUCCAAAUGAGGGACUAUGUCCAGAAACAAAGACAUGACCUUGAUAUCAGACUAGAGGAGGUUAAACGGGAACGAAGAGAGACGGAGGUGCUCCAGACUGAGUUGGAGUUUAAAAAAAGAGAAUGUCAACAAAUGAUCCGAAAAGGCAUUCGUAAACACCAGGAAGUGAAACAGAUGUGGGAUGAAAUCAAAGAAAAAAAAGAUGCCUUCAAGUGGGAGACAAGGAAGAGGAAGAAAGAACUUGACCAGAAGCUGGAGACGAUCAUCAGGGAGCAAGACGAGCUGGAGAUAAUGAGGCUGAAGCUGCGAAGAGAAAAGGAUGAGAGCGAACAACAGAGGACAUCAGGCAUCACAAAUGAUGAAAAUCUACUUCAAAAUCACUGGGGACUAAUUAACAUAUGUAUGGAGAAAUGUAAAGACAUCAAAAGACACAGUGAAGACUUGAAUGAAGCAAUUAUGGAGGAAAAAAGAAACAUCUCAGCUCAGGGAAAGAUCAUAACAGAGGCAAAGAAAGACAUGGAACUGAUGAAGGUGAAUAUCAAGAGUAAAAAAGGAAUAAUGAUGCAUGCAUUAAAGAACAUGCAACAAGAACAAACACAUUUGGAGCAACUGGAGAUGAAAGACAAAUCAGUAUCCGUAAAAGAGAAAUGUGUAGAGGAACCAGAAGAGGGCACCAUGAGAGACAAGGAUCUAGAGAAAGAAAAUGUAUUUAAGGCUGAAACAUUCACUGUCACAAUUAAAGAAGAUAAACUGUUACAAAUUCAGAAGGAUGAACCUCAAGAAAUGAAUAAGGGAGAAAAGAAGAAAAGUAAAAAGAAAAUAGUGGUGUCAGACAUUGUCAGACAGAGACAAGACAUGGAAAAUCAACUGGAAUCAGAUGCUUUGCUGGAAAAGGCAGAUCUAGUAAAACUAAAGGCAGAGCUUGAUCACGAGAGAGAGGAUCUGGAGAGAAUGAACGAGAUGAUGAACCAAGAAAAAAUGAACUUGGAGCUGAUGAUGUCAGACAUCCAAAGGCAAAAUGAUCAAUUACAACAAGAUAUGAAAGUGGAAAAAGAAAAGCUGGAAAACGCAAAGACUGAACUUCAAAAGACAAAAGAAGAUAAUGUCAAACUGUUUGAGGAGAUAAGCCAAGAGAAAACCAACAUUAAAGACCUGAACGUACAGGUUCAGGAACAAAGAAACAAUCUUGAAGAUGUCAUUGGAAAGAUGACUUUACAACAAAAAGAACAAGAGCUACAUGAUGACACCAUCAGAAGACUGAAACAAGAACUGGAAACCAGUGAGAAGAGUAGACUAAGAGAAAGAACAGAACUUGAACUUUUGAGGGAGAAUACCAACAAGACAAAAGAAAAAGUUGAAACUGCCAUGAGCAGCAUUAAUGGAGAAAGAGAAAAUCUCAGUCACAUGAAGAAUGAAAUUGAAAAAGAAAGAGAGAAGGUUUUGAAUGAAAAGGAAAAUCUGGAAAGAGAAGGUUCUGAGUUGAUAAGAAAAGAAGAUGAAGUGUUAAAUAAAAUGAAAGACAUUGGAAUUCUGAAAGUAAAACUUCAACAACUGAAUGAAAGAAUGAAUGACAACAUCAAACAGAAAACUGAAAUUUUACAGCAAAACAAAGAAGACACAUUACUUCUGUACACUGCACUGGAAGAACAGUUAACGAAACUUGAUGGACAGAAAGAAAAACUGGUUUGUUUCACUGAGUUGUUUGGCAGAGACAAGGAUGCGUUGAUAAGUUUAAUGUCAGACACAGUCAUCCAGAAAGAGGACAUUGAGACUCAGAGUAAGCAAAAGUUUAUGAAUGAAAAAUUACAGCUUGACAAACUGAAGGCAGAGCUGAAGGAAGAGAGAGAAGAUCUGGACAGAGCAAAUGAGAAGAUGAACAAUUCCAAACUGGAGUUUGAGCGGAUGAAGACUGACAUCAAGCAACAAACUGACCAAUUAGAACAAGGAAGACGAGAUAUGGAAAUGACAAAGACUGAGAUACAGAAGAUGAAGGAACAUGCAGACAGUCUGUUUGAUGAGAUAAAGAGAGAUAAAACAAACAUUAAUGAUCUAAAACUACAGGUUCAGGAACAAAUAGACAAACGUUUUGAUGAAAGAGAUGAACUGGACAUUUUGAGAAAGGGUGUCAGAAAUAAGAAACAUGAAGUUGAAGCUGCUAUGAAGAACAUCAGAGAAGAUAGAGAACACUUCAAUCAGAUGAAGGCAGACAUUGACAAAGAGAGAGAAAUCCUUAUGAAUCAAAAACAUAUAAUGGAAGAACAAUGGUCUGAACUGAAAAUGAGGGAAAAUGAAGUCAUGAAUGAAAUGAAAUCCAUGAAAUCUCUGAAAGCAAGACUUCAGCAGCUGAAUGAAAGAAUAAGUGAAGACGUGAAAAACAAAUUUAUCAGACUGGAACAAAACAAAGACGAAAUACUGAAAUUAGUCAGUGUUCUAAAGCAAAAUUAUGAGGCUCUGGAUGCACAAACAAUAACUAUGACAUGUUUCACUGAGAAACUGGCCAAAGAAAGGGAAGGUUUAAUGAGUGUGAUGUCCGAAUUUGUCAGAAAGAGACAAGACAUAGAAAGUCAACUGGAGCCAGUCACUUUCUUAGAAAAGGAAGAUCUCUUAAAUCUAAAGGCAGAACUGGAUCAAAAGAGAGAGGAUAUGGAAAGAAUGAGUGAAAUGAUGAACCAAGAAAAAAUGGACUUGGAGCUGAUGAGAUCAGACAUCCAAAGGCAAAGUGACCAAUUUAAACCUGACAUAAAUGUGGAAAAAGAAAAGUUGGAAAUUGCAAAAACUGAACUUCAAAAGACGCAAGAACAUAAUGUCAAGCUGUUUGAGGAGAUAAGUCAAGAGAAAACCAACAUUGAAGACCUGAAAGUCCAGGUUCAGGAACAAAGAAAUGAACUUGAAGAUGUCAUUGGAAAGAUGACUUUACAACAAAAAGAACAAGAGCUGCAUGAUGACACCAUCAGAAGACUGAAACAAGAACUGGAAACCAGUGAGAACAGUAGAGUAAGAGAAAGAACAGAACUUGAACUUUUGAGGAAUGAAAAAGACAAACUGGAAAGAGAAAAUUCUGAGCUGAUAAGAAGAGAAGAUGAAGUCUUAAAUAAAAUGAAAGACAUUGAAAUUUUGAAAGUUAAACUUCAACAACUGAAUGAAAGAAUGAGUGAGAACAUCAAACAGAAAACAGAAAGUUUACAACAAAACAAAGAAGACUCACAACUUCUGUACACUGCACUGGAAGAACAGUUUACUAAACUUGAUGGACAGAAAGAAAAACUUGUUUGUUUCACUGAGUUGUUUGGCAGAGACAAGGAUGCUUUGAUAAGUUUACUGUCAGACUCAGUCAUCCAGAAAGAGGACAUUGAGCUAAAGUAUCUGAAUGAAAAAUUACAUCUUGACAAACUGAAGGCAGAGCUGAAGGAAGAGAGAGAAGAUCUGGACAGAGCAAAUGAGAAGAUGAACAAUUCCAAACUGGAGUUUGAGCAGAUGAAGACUGACAUCAAACAACAAACUGACCAAUUAGAACAAGGAAGACGAGAUAUGGAAAUGACAAAGACUGAGCGACAGAAGAUGAAGGAACAUGCAGAGAGUCUGUUUGAUGAGAUAAAGAGAGAUAAAACCAACAUUAAUGAUCUAAAACUUCAGGUUCAUGAACAGAGAGACAAACUUUAUGGCGUAUUAAACUCAAUAGCUUUGAAACAAAAAGAGCAUGAACAAAAAGAAGAUGACAUCAGAAGACAAACUCAAGAAAUGCAAACUUACAAGAACAGUGUUUUGGCAGAAAGAGAAGAACUGGACAUUUUGAGAAAGGAUGUUGAAAAUAAGCAACAUGAGGUUGAAGCUGCUAUGAAUGACAUCAAAAAAGAGAGAGAACACUUCAGUCAGAUGAAGGCAGACAUUGACAAAGAGAGAGAAACACUGACGAGUGAAAAAGAUAGAAUGGGAAAACAAUGGUCUGAGCUGAAAAUGUGGGAAAAUGAAAUCCUGACUGACAUGGAGAAAUUGGAAACUCUGAGAGCAAGACUUCGAGGGCUGAAUGAAAAGAUGGGUGAACACGUGAAAAACAAAGUCAUCAGACUGGAGCAAAACCAGGGCAACUUACUAAAAUUCGUUAGUGUUCUGGGGCAAAACCAUGAGACUCUGAAUGCACAAACAAUAACUAUGACAUGUUACACUGAGAAACUGGCCAAAGAAAGGGAAGGUUUGAUGAGUGUGUUGUCAGAAAUUGUCAGACAGAGACAAGACAUGGAAAGUCAACUGGAGUCAGACACUUUCUUAGAAAAGGAAGAUCUCUUAAAUCUAAAGGCAGAGCUGGAUCAAAAGAGAGAGGAUAUGGAAAGAAUGAGUGAGAUGAUGAACCGAGAAAAAAAGGACUUGGAGCUGAUGAGAUCAGACAUCCAAAGGCAAAAUGACCAAUUUAAACAUGAUAUAAAUGUGGAAAAAGAAAAGUUGGAAAUCACAAAAACAGAACUUCAAAAGACCAAAGAAGACAAUAUCAAACUGUUUGAGGAGAUAAGCCAAGAGAAAACCAACAUUGAAGACCUGAAAGUCCAGGUUCAGGAACAAAGGAAGAAACUUGAAGAUGUCAUUGGAAAGAUGACUUUACAACAAAAAGAACAAGAACUACAUGAUGACACCAUCAGAAGACUGAAACAAGAACUGGAAACCAGUGAAAACAGUAGACUAAGAGAAAGAACAGAACUUGAACUGUUGAAGAAUGAAAAAGACAAACUGGAAAGAGAAAAUUCUGAACUGAUAAAAAGAGAAGAUGAAGUCUUAAAUAAAAUGAAAGACAUUGGAAUUCUGAAAGUAAAACUUCAACAACUGAAUGAAAGAAUGAGUGAGAACAUCAAACAGAAAACAGAAAGUUUACAACAAAACAAAGAAGACACACGACUUCUGUACACUGCACUGGAAGAACAGUUAAUUAAACUUGAUGGACAGAAAGAAAAACUUGUUUGUUUCACUGAGUUGUUUGGCAGAGACAAGGAUGCUUUGAUAAGUUUACUUUCAGACACAGUCAUCCAGAAAGAGGACAUUGAGCUAAAGUAUCUGAAUGAAAAAUUACAUCUUGACAAACUGAAGGCAGAGCUGAAGGAAGAGAGAGAAGAUCUGGACAGAGCAAAUGAGAAGAUGAACAAUUCCAAACUGGAGUUUGAGCAGAUGAAGACUGACAUCAAGCAACAAACUGACCAAUUAGAACAAGGAAGACGAGAUAUGGAAAUGACAAAGACUGAGAUACAGAAGAUGAAGGAACAUGCAGACAGUCUGUUUGGUGAGAUAAAGAGUGAUAAAACCAACAUUAAUGAUCUUAAUUGUCAUGUUCAGGAACAAAGAGACAAACUUUAUGGUGUAAUAAACUCAAUUAUUUUGAAACAAAAAGAGCAAGAACAAAAAGAAGAUGACAUCAGAAGACAAACUCAGGAAAUGCAAACUUACAAGAACAGUGUUUUGGCAGAAAGAGAAGAACUGGACAUUUUGAGAAAGGGUGUUGAAAAUAAGCAACAUGAGGUUGAAGCUGCUAUGAACGACAUAAAAAAAGAGAGAGAACACUUCAGUCAGAUGAAGGCAGACAUUGAAAAUAAAAUCCUGACUGACAUGGAGAAAUUGGAAACUCUGAGAGCAAGACUUCGAGGGCUGAAUGAAAAGAUGGGUGAACACGUGAAAAACAAAGUCAUCAGACUGGAGCAAAACCAGGGCAACUUACUAAAAUUCGUUAGUGUUCUGGGGCAAAACCAUGAGACUCUGAAUGCACAAACAAUAACUAUGACAUGUUACACUGAGAAACUGGCCAAAGAAAGGGAAGGUUUGAUGAGUGUGAUGUCAGAAAUUGUCAGACAGAGACAAGACAUGGAAAGUCAACUGGAGUCAGACACUUUCUUAGAAAAGGAAGAUCUCUUAAAUCUAAAGGCAGAGCUGGAUCAAAAGAGAGAGGAUAUGGAAAGAAUGAGUGAGAUGAUGAACCGAGACAAAAUGGACUUGGAGCUGAUGAGAUCAGACAUCCUAAGGCAAAAUGACCAAUUAAAACAUGAUAUAAAUGUGGAAAAAGAAAAGUUGGCAAUCACAAAAACUGAACUUCAAAAGACGAAAGAAGACAAUAUCAAACUGUUUCAGGAGAUAAGCCAAGAGAAAACCAACAUUGAAGACCUGAAAGUCCAGGUUCAGGAACAAAGGAAGAAACUUGAAGAUGUCAUUGGAAAGAUGACUUUACAACAAAAAGAACAAGAGCUGCAUGAUGACACCAUCAGAAGACUGAAACAAGAACUGGAAACCAGUGAGAACAGUAGACUAAGAGAGAGAACAGAACUUGAACUGUUGAAGAAUGAAAAAGACAAACUGGAAAGAGAAAAUUCUGAGCUGAUAAGAAGAGAAGAUGAAGUCUUAAAUAAAAUGAAAGACAUUGGAAUUCUGAAAGUAAAACUUCAACAACUGAAUGAAAGAAUGAGUGAGAACAUCAAACAGAAAACAGAAAGUUUACAGCAAAACAAAGAAGACACACGACUUCUGUACACUGCACUGGAAGAACAGUUAAUUAAACUUGAUGGACAGAAAGAAAAACUUGUUUGUUUCACUGAGUUGUUUGGCAGAGACAAGGAUGCUUUGAUAAGUUUACUGUCAGACACAGUCAUCCAGAGAGAGGACAUUGAGCUAAAAUAUCUGAAUGAAAAAUUACAUCUUGACAAACUGAAGGCAGAGCUGAAGGAAGAGAGAGAAUAUCUGGACAGAGCAAAUGAGAAGAUGAACAAUUCCAAACUGGAGUUUGAGCAGAUGAAGACUGACAUCAAACAACAAACUGACCAAUUAGAACAAGGAAGACGAGAUAUGGAAAUGACAAAGACUGAGAUACAGAAGACGAAGGAACAUGCAGACAGUCUGUUUGAUGAGAUAAAGAGAGAUAAAACCAACAUUAAUGAUCUAAAACUUCAGGUUCAGGAACAAAGAGACAAACUUUAUGGCGUAUUAAACUCAAUUGCUUUGAAACAAAAAGAGCAAGAACAAAAAGAAGAUGACAUCAGAAGACAAACUCAAGAAAUGCAAACUUACAAGAACAGUGUUUUAGCAGAAAGAGAAGAACUGGACAUUUUGAGAAAAGAUGUUGAAAAUGAGAGACUUGAGGUUGAAGCUGCAAUGAACGACAACAGAGAAGAGAGAGAACACUUCAGUCAGAUGAAGGCAGACAUUGACAAAGAGAGAGAAACACUGAUGAAUGAAAAGGACAGAAUUGAGGGACGACUGUCUGAGCUGAAAAUGGUAGAAAAUAAAACCAUGAAUGAAAUUAAAACACUGGAAACUCUGAGAGUAAGAUUUAAAGAGCUAAAUGAAAAGAUGAGUGAAGACAUGAAAAACAAAUUGAUUAGACUGCAACAAAACAAGGAAGAAAUACUGAAAUUAGUCAGUGUUCUAGAGCAGAAACAUAAGGCUCUGGGUGCACAUGAAGCAACUAUGACGUAUUACAUUGAGAAACUGGCCAAACAAAGGGGAGGUUUAAGGAGUUUGUUUUCAGAAAUUGUAAAACUAAAGGCAGAGCUGGAUCAAAAGAGAGAGGAUAUGGAAAGAAUGAGUGAGAUAAUGAACCGAGAAAAAAUGGAUUUGGAGCUGAUGAGGUCAGACAUCCAUAGGCAAAGUGACCAAUUUAAACCUGACAUAAAUGUGGAAAAAGAAAAGUUGGAAAUCACAAAAACUGAACUUCAAAAGACGAAAGAACAUAAUGUCAAGCUGUUUGAGGAGAUAAGCCAAGAGAAAACCAACAUUGAAGACCUGAAAAUCCAGGUUCAGGAACAAAGGAAGAAACUUGAAGAUGUCAUUGGAAAGAUGACUUUACAACAAAAAGAACAAGAGCUGCAUGAUGAGACCAUCAGAAGACUGAAACAAGAACUGGAAACCAGUGAAAACAGUAGACUAAGAGAAAGAACAGAACUUGAACUGUUGAAGAAUGAAAAAGACAAACUGGAAAGAGAAAAUUCUGAACUGAUAAAAAGAGAAGAUGAAGUCUUAAAUAAAGUGAAAGACAUUGGAAUUCUGAAAGUAAAACUUCAACAACUGAAUGAAAGAAUUAGUGAGAACAUCAAACACAAAAUGGAAAGUUUACAACAAAACAAAGAAGACACACGACUUCUGUACACUGCACUGGAAGAACAGUUAACUAAACUUGAUGGACAGAAAGAAAAACUGGCUUCUUCCACUGAAAUGUUGAGCAAAGAAAAGGAAAGUCUGAUAAGUUUACUGUCAGAUAUAGUCAUCCAGAAAAAGGACAUUGAGAAUGUAUGGAAGCAAAUGUCUCUGAAUGAAAAAUUACAUCUUGACAAACUGAAGGCAGAGCUGAAGGAAGAGAGAGAAGAUCUGGACAGAGCAAAUGAGAAGAUGAACAAUUCCAAACUGGAGUUUGAGCAGAUGAAGACUGACAUCAAACAACAAACUGGCCAAUUAGAACAAGGAAGACGAGAUAUGGAAAUGACAAAGACUGAUAUACAGAAGAUGAAGAAACAUGCAGACAGUCUGUUUGAUGAGAUAAAGAGAGAUAAAACCAACAUUAAUGAUCUAAAACUUCAGGUUCAGGAACAAAGAGACAAACUUUAUGGCGUAUUAAACUCAAUUGCUAUGAAACAAAAAGAGCAAGAACAAAAAGAAGAUGACAUCAGAAGACAAACUCAAGAAAUGCAAACUUACAAGAACAGUGUUUUGGCAGAAAGAGAAGAACUGGACAUUUUGAGAAAGGAUGUUGAAAAUAAGCAACAUGAGGUUGAAGCUGCUAUGAACGACAUCAAAAAAGAGAGAGAACAAUUCAGUCAGAUGAAGGCAGACAUUGACAAAGAGAGAGAAACACUGAUGAAUGAAAAGGACAGAAUUGAGGGACGACUGUCUGAGCUGAAAACGGUAGAAAAUAAAACCAUGAAUGAAAUGCAAACUUUGGGGACUCUGAGAGCAAGGCUUCAAGAGCUGAAUGAAAGGAUGAGUGAAGACGUGAAAAACAAAAUCAUCAGAUUGGAACAAAACAAGGGAGACAUACUGAAACUAGUCAGUGUUCUGGAGCAAAAACAUGAGGCUGUGGAUGCACAUGUAGUAACUAUGACAUAUUACACUGAGACAUUGGCCAGAGAAAGGGAAGGUUUGAUGAGUUUGUUGUCAGAAAUUGUCAGACAGAGACAAAACAUGGAAAGUCAAGUUGAACGAGAGACUUUAACAGAAAAGGCAAAUCUAGUAAAAUUAAAAGCAGAGCUGGAUCAAAAGAGAGAGGAUAUAGAUAAAGACAAAAUGAAAUUGGAGUUGAUUAAGUCAGACAUUCAGAAACAACAUGACCUAUUUCGACAUAACAUCAAAGAGGAAACAGGAAAGCUGGAAACCACAAAGACGGAACUUCUGAAGAAGAAAGAAGAUGCAGACAGAUUGUUAGAUGAGAUAAACAGAGAUAAAACAAACAUGAAACAACUUACUGUUCAGGUUCAGGAGCAAAAAAACAAACUUCAUCAUGUGAUCCUCUCAAUGACCUUGAAGCAAAAAGAGCAAGAACUUAAGGAUGAUGACAUCAGAAGGCAGAUUCAGGAACUACAAACCCAUAAGAACAGAGUUUUUGCCAAAAGAGAUGAACUGAAUAUCUUGAGAAAGGAUAUCCACAAUAAGAAGGAAAAGUUUGAAUCUGUGUUGAGCAGCAUCAGUAAAGAAAAGGAAAAACUCAAUGACCUGAAGACUAGUCUGGAAAUGGAAAGACAAAGACUUGAGAAGGAGAGAGAUGAAGUAGAGGCUGAUCGUUCUGCGUUAAAAGUCAGAGAAGAUCAGUUCAUGAGUAAAAUACUGCCCAUCCAAACAGUGAUAGGUAAACUGAAAGUGCUCAAUGCAAAGACAUGUGUAGAUGUUCAAAAGAAGAUUUGUCAGUUGGAGCAAAACAGUGAAGACAUGCGGAAAUUAUCUCUGGUAUUGGAGCAGAAACUUUCAGACUUUGAAGUACAGAGAAACCAGAUAUGGGUUCACACUGACCUGACACAGAGAAAAAUGGCCGAUCUGAAAAUGUUAUCAGAUAUGGUAACACAAAGAAAAGAAAUGGAGAAUCAAUGGAAGCAAGAUCUUCAUGUGGAAACACUACAACUAAACAAACUGAAGGCCGAGCUGAAGGAAGAAAGACAAGAACUGCAAAGACAGAAUGAGACAAUGAAUAAAGAGAAAGUGGAGUUAUUGCUGAUGAGAUCUGACAUCAAGCAACAAACUGACCGACUGGAACAAGGGCAGCGAGAUAUGGAAAUGACAAAGAAUGAGCUACAAAAGACAAGGGAACAUGCACAAAGUCUGUUAGAUGAGAUAACGAGGGAGAAAACCAACAAUGAAGAUCUGAAUCUUCAGGUUCAGGCCCAAAGAGACAAACUCUAUGAUGUGAUAAAUUUAAUCACUCUCAAAGAAAAAGAACAACAACUAAGGGAGGAUAACAUCAAACAACAAUUUCAAGGACUGCAAAACCAUAUGAACAGAGUUUUGGCAGAAAGACAAGACCUGGACAUUUUGAGAAAGGAUCUUAACAAUAUGGAACAUGAGGUUGGAGCUUCUAUGAACAACAUCAGAGAGGAGAGAGAAACAUUCAUGAAUGAAAAGGACAGAAUUGAAGCACAACUGUUUGAGCUUAAAAUGAGAGGAAACAAAAUCCUGAAUGAAAUGAAAACACUGGAAACUCUGAGAGAAAGAUUUAAAGAGCUAAAUGAAAAGAUGAGUGAAGACAUGAAAAACAAAUUCAUCAGACUGCAACAAAACAAGGACGAAAUACUGAAAUUAGUCAGUGUUCUAGAGCAGAAACAUAAGGCUCUGGGUGCACAUGAAGCAACUAUGACGUAUUACACUGAGAAACUGGCCAAAGAAGGGGGAGGUUUGAAGAGUUUGUUGUCAGAAAUUGUAAAACUGAAGGCAGAGCUGGAUCAAAAGAGAGAGGAUAUGGACAGAAUGAGUGAGAUGAUGAACCGAGAAAAAAUGGAUUUGGAGCUGAUGAGGUCAGACAUCCAAAGGCAAAAUUACCUAUUAAAACAUGACAUAAAUGUGGAAAAAGAAAAGUUGGAAAUCAAAAAAACUGAACUUCAAAAGACGCAAGCACAUAAUGUCAAGCUGUUUGAGGAGAUAAGCCAAGGGAAAACCAACAUUGAAGACCUGAAAGUCCAGGUUCAGGAACAAAGAAAUAAACUUGAAGAUGUCAUUGAAAAGAUGACUUUACAACAAAAAGAACAAGAGCUGCACGAUGACACCAUCAGAAGACUGAAACAAGAACUGGAAACCAGUGAGAACAGUAGAGUAAGAGAAAGAACAGAACUUGAACUGUUGAAGAAUGAAAAAGACAAACUGGAAAGAGAAAAUUCUGAGCUGAUAAGAAGAGAAGAUGAAGUCUUAAAUAAAAUGAAAGACAUUGAAAUUCUGAAAGUAAAACUUCAACAACUGAAUGAAAGAAUGAGUGAGAACAUCAAACACAAAAUGGAAAGUUUACAACAAAAUAAAGAAGACACACAACUUCUGUACACUGCACUGGAAGAACAGUUAACUAAACUUGAUGGAGAGAAAGAAAAACUGGCUUCUUCCACUGAAAUGUUGAGCAAAGAAAAGGAAAGUCUGAUAAGUUUACUGUCAGAUAUAGUCAUCCAGAAAAAGGACAUUGAGAAUGUAUGGAAGCAAAAGUCUCUGAAUGAAAAAUUACAUCUUGACAAACUGAAGGCAGAGCUGAAGGAAGAGAGAGAAGGUCUGGACAGAGCAAAUGAGAAGAUGAACAAUUCCAAACUGGAGUUUGAGCAGAUGAAGACUGACAUCAAACAACAAACUGGCCAAUUAGAACAAGGAAGACGAGAUAUGAAAAUGACAAAGACUGAGAUACAGAAGAUGAAGGAACAUACCAACAGACUUUUCGAGGAGAUAAAGAGUGAUAAAACCAACAUUAAUGAUCUAAAACUUCAGGUUCAGGAACAAAGAGACAAACUUUAUGGCGUAUUAAACUCAAUUGCUUUGAAACAAAAAGAGCAAGAACAAAAAGAAGAUGACAUCAGAAGACAAACUCAAGAAAUGCAAACUUACAAGAACAGUGUUUUGGCAGAAAGAGAAGAACUGGACAUUUUGAGAAAGGAUGUUGAAAAUAAGCAACAUGAGGUUGAAGCUGCUAUGAAUGACAUCAAAAAAGAGAGAGAACACUUCAGUCAGAUGAAGGCAGACAUUGACAAGGAGAGAGAAAUCCUUAUGAAUCAAAAACAUAUAAUGGAAGAACAAUGGUCUGAACUAAAAAUGAGGGAAAAUGAAAUCAUGAAUGAAAUGAAAUCCAUGAAAUCUCUGAAAGCAAGACUUCAGAAGCUGAAUGAAAGAAUAAGUGAAGACGUGAAAAACAAAUUCAUCAGACUGGAACAAAACAAGGAAGAAAUACUGAAAUUAUUUAGUGUUCUGGAGCAAAACUAUGAGGCUCUGGAUGCACAAACAAUAACUAUGACAUGUUACACUGAGAAACUGGCCAAAGAAAGGGAUGAUUUGAUGAGUGUGUUGUCAGAAUUUGUCAGACAGAGACAAGACAUGGAAAGUCAACUGGAGUCAGACACUUUCUUAGAAAAGGAAGUUCUCUUAAAUCUAAAGGCAGAGCUGGAUCAAAAGAGAGAGGAUAUGGAAAGAAUGAGUGAGAUGAUGAACCGAGAAAAAAUGGAUUUGGAGCUGAUGAGGUCAGACAUCCUAAGGCAAAAUGACCAAUUUAAACAUGAUAUAAAUGUGGAAAAAGAAAAGUUGGGAUUCACAAAAACUGAACUUCAACAGACCCAAGAACAUAAUGUCAAGCUGUUUGAGGAGAUAAGCCAAGAGAAAACCAACAUUGAAGACCUGAAAGUCCAGGUUCAGGAACAAAGUAAUAAACUUGAAGGUGUCAUUGGAAAGAUGACUUUACAACAAAAAGAACAAGAGCUGCAUGAUGACACCAUCAGAAGACUGAAACAAGAACUGGAAACCAGUGACAACAGUAGACUAAGAGAAAGAACAGAACUUGAACUGUUGAAGAAUGAAAAAGACAAACUGGAAAGAGAAAAUUCUGAGCUGAUAAGAAGAGAAGAUGAAGUCUUAGAUCAAAUGAAAGACAUUGAAAUUCUGAAAGUAAAACUUCAACAACUGAAUGAAAGAAUGAGUGAGAUCAUUAAACACAAAAUGAAAAGUUUACAACAAAAGACAGAAGACACACAACUUCUGUACAAUGCACUGGAAGAACAGUUAACUAAACUUGAUGGACAGAAAGAAAAACUGGUUUGUUUCACUGAAAUGUUGAGCAAAGAAAAGGAAAGUCUGAUAAGUUUACUGUCAGAUAUAGUCAUCCAGAAAAAGGACAUUGAGAAUGUAUGGAAGCAAAUGUCUCUGAAUGAAAAAUUACAUCUUGACAAACUGAAGGCAGAGCUGAAGGAAGAGAGAGAAGAUCUGGACAGAGCAAAUGAGAAGAUGAACAAUUCCAAACUGGAGUUUGAGCAGAUGAAGACUGACAUCAAGCAACAAACUGAACAAUUAGAACAAGGAAGACGAGAUAUGGAAAUGACAAAGACUGAGAUACAGAAGAUGAAGGAACAUACAGACAGUCUUUUUGAUGAGAUAAACAGAGAUAAAACCAACAUUAAUGAUCUAAAACUUCAGGUUCAGGAACAGAGAGACAAACUUUUUGAUGAAAGAGAAGAACUGGACAUUUUGAGAAAGGAUGUCAGAAAUAAGAAACAUGAAGUUGAAGCUGCUAUGAAGAACAUCAGUGAAGAGAGAGAACACUUCAGUCAGAUGAAGGCAGACAUUGACAAAGAGAGAGAAAUCCUUAUGAAUCAAAAACAUAUAAUGGAAGAACAAUGGUCUGAACUAAAAAUGGUAGAAAAUAAAACCAUGAAUGAAAUGAAAACGUUGGGGACUCUGAGAGCAAGGCUUCAAGAGCUGAAUGAAAGGAUGAGUGAAGAUGUGAAAAACAAAAUCACCAGAUUGGAACAAAACAAGGGAGACAUACUGAAACUAGUCAGUGUUCUGGAGCAAAAACAUGAGGCUGUGGAUGCACAUGAAGCAACUAUGACAUGUUUCACUGAGAAACUGGCCAAAGAAAGUGAAGGUUUGAUGAGUGUGUUGUCAGAAAUUGUUAGACAGAGACAAGACAUGAAAAGUCAACUGGAGCCAGUCACUUUCUCAGAAAAGGAAGCUCUUGUAAAUCUAAAGGCAGAGCUGGAUCAAAAGAGAGAGGAUAUGGAAAGAAUGAGUGAAAUGAUGAACCAAGAAAAAAUGGACUUGGAGCUGAUGAGAUCAGACAUCCAAAGGCAAAGUGACCAAUUAAAACAUGACAUAAAUGUGGAAAAAGUAAAGUUGGAAAUCGCAAAGACUGAACUUCAAAAGACGAAAGCACAUAAUGUCAAGCUGUUUGAGGAGAUAAGUCAAGAGAAAACCAACAUUGAAGACCUGAAAGUCCAGGUUCAGGAACAAAGAAAUAAACUUGAAGAUGUCAUUGGAACGAUGACUUUACAACAAAAAGAACAAGAACUACAUGAUGACACCAUCAGAAGACUGAAACAAGAACUGGAAACCAGUGAGAACAGUAGACUAAGAGAAAGAAGAGAACUUGAACUGUUGAAGAAUGAAAAAGACAAACUGGAAAGAGAAAAUUCUGAGCUGAUAAAAAGAGAAGAUGAAGUCUUAAAUAAAGUGAAAGACAUUGAAAUUCUGAAAGUUAAACUUCAACAGUUGAAUGAAAGAAUGAGUGAGAACAUGAAACAGAGAACAGAAAGUUUACAACAAAACAAAGAAGACACACGACUUCUGUACACUGCACUGGAAGAACAGUUAAUUAAACUUGAUGGACAGAAAGAAAAACUGGUUUGUUUCACUGAGUUGUUUGGCAGAGACAAGGAUGCUUUGAUAAGUUUACUGUCAGACUCAGUCAUCCAGAAAGAGGACAUUGAGCUAAAAUAUCUGAAUGAAAAAUUACAUCUUGACAAACUGAAGGCAGAGCUGAAGGAAGAGAGAGAAGAUCUGGACAGAGCAAAUGAGAAGAUGAACAAUUCCAAACUGGAGUUUGAGCAGAUGAAGACUGACAUCAAACAACAAACUGACCAAUUAGAACAAGGAAGACGAGAUAUGGAAAUGACAAAGACUGAGCUACAGAAGAUGAAGGAACAUGCAGACAGUCUGUUUGAUGAGGUAAACAGAGAUAAAACCAACAUUAAUGAUCUAAAACUUCAGGUUCAGGAACAAAGAGACAAACUUUUUGAUGAAAGAGAAGAACUGGACAUUUUGAGAAAGGAUGUCAGAAAUAAGAAACAUGAAGUUGAAGCUGCCAUGAAGUACAUCAGAGAAGAUAGAGAACACUUCAAUCAGAUGAAGGCAGACAUUGACAAAGAGAAAGAAAUCCUUAUGAAUCAAAAACAUAUAAUGGAAGAACAAUGGUCUGACCUAAAAAUUAGGGAAAAUGAAAUCAUGAAUGAAAUGAAAUCCAUGAAAUCUCUGAAAGCAAGACUUCAGCAGCUGAAUGAAAGAAUAAGUGAAGACGUGAAAAAUAAAUUCAUCAGACUGGAACAAAACAAAGACGAAAUACUGAAAUUAGUCAGUGUUCUAAAGCAAAAUUAUGAGACUCUGGAUGCACAAACAAUAACUAUGACACGUUUCACUGAGAAACUGGCCAAAGAAAGGGAAGGUUUGAUGAGUGUGUUGUCAGAAAUUGUCAGACAGAGACAAGACAUGGAAAGUCAACUGGAGUCAGACACUUUCUUAGAAAUGGAAGAUCUCUUAAAUCUAAAGGCAGAACUGGAUCAAAAGAGAGAGGAUAUGGAAAGAAUGAGUGAGAUGAUGAACCAAGAAAAAAUGGACUUGGAGCUGAUGAGGUCAGACAUCCUAAGGCAAAGUGACCAAUUUAAACAUGACAUAAAUGUGGAAAAAGAAAAGUUGGAAAUCACAAAAACUGAACUUCAAAAGAGGCAAGAACAUAAUGUCAAGCUGUUUGAGGAGAUAAGCCAAGAGAAAACCAACAUUGAAGAGCUGAAAGUCCAGGUUCAGGAACAAAGGAAGAAACUUGAAGAUGUCAUUGGAAAGAUGACUUUACAACAAAAAGAACAAGAACUACAUGAUGACACCAUCAGAAGACUGAAACAGGAACUGGAAACCAGUGAGAACAGUAGAGUAAGAGAAAGAACAGAACUUGAACUGUUGAAGAAUGAAAAAGACAAACUGGAAAGAGAAAAUUCUGAGCUGAUAAGAAGAGAAGAUGAAGUCUUAAAUAAAAUGAAAGACAUUGGAAUUCUGAAAGUAAAACUUCAACAGUUGAAUGAAAGAAUGAGUGAGAUCAUUAAACAGAAAAUGGAAAGUUUACAACAAAACAAAGAAGACACACGACUUCUGUACACUGCACUGGAAGAACAGUUAAUUAAACUUGAUGGACAGAAAGAAAAACUGGUUUGUUUCACUGAGUUGUUUGGCAGAGACAAGGAUGCUUUGAUAAGUUUACUGUCAGACUCAGUCAUCCAGAAAGAGGACAUUGAGCUAAAAUAUCUGAAUGAAAAAUUACAUCUUGACAAACUGAAGGCAGAGCUGAAGGAAGAGAGAGAAGAUCUGGACAGAGCAAAUGAGAAGAUGAACAAUUCCAAACUGGAGUUUGAGCAGAUGAAGACUGACAUCAAACAACAAACUGGCCAAUUAGAACAAGGAAGACGAGAUAUGGAAAUGACAAAGACUGAGCGACAGAAGAUGAAGGAACAUGCAGACAGUCUGUUUGAUGAGAUAAAGAGAGAUAAAACCAACAUUAAUGAUCUAAAACUUCAGGUUCAGGAACAAAGAGACAAACUUUAUGGCGUAUUAAACUCAAUUGCUAUGAAACAAAAAGAGCAAGAACAAAAAGAAGAUGACAUCAGAAGACAGAAUCAAGAAGUGCAACAUCACAUGAAGAGAGUUUUGAUUGAAAGAGAAGAACUGGACAUUUUGAGAAAGGAUGUUGAAAAUAAGCAACAUGAGGUUGAAGCUGCUAUGAACAACAUCAAAGAAGAGAGAGAACACUUCAGUCAGAUGAAGGCAGACAUUGACAAAGAGAGAGAAACACUGAUGAAUGAAAAGGACAGAAUUGAGGGACGACUGUCUGAGCUGAAAAUGGUAGAAAAUAAAACCAUGAAUGAAAUGCAAACUUUGGGGACUCUGAGAGCAAGGCUUCAAGAGCUGAAUGAAAGGAUGAGUGAAGACGUGAAAAACAAAAUCAUCAGAUUGGAACAAAACAAGGGAGACAUACUGAAACUAGUCAGUGUUCUGGAGCAAAAACAUGAGGCUGUGGAUGCACAUGUAGUAACUAUGACAUAUUACACUGAGACAUUGGCCAGAGAAAGGGAAGGUUUGAUGAGCUUGUUGUCAGAAAUUGUCAGACAGAGACAAAACAUGGAAAGUCAAGUUGAACGAGAGACUUUAACAGAAAAGGCAAAUCUAGUCAAAUUAAAAGCAGAGCUGGAUCAAAAGAGAGAGGAUAUAGAUAAAGACAAAAUGAAAUUGGAGUUGAUUAAGUCAGACAUUCAGAAACAACAUGACCUAUUUCGACAUAACAUCAAAGAGGAAACAGGAAAGCUGGAAACCACAAAGACGGAACUUCUGAAGAAGAAAGAAGAUGCAGACAGAUUGUUAGAUGAGAUAAACAGAGAUAAAACAAACAUGAAACAACUUACUGUUCAGGUUCAGGAGCAAAAAAACAAACUUCAUCAUGUGAUCAUCUCAAUGACCUUGAAGCAAAAAGAGCAAGAACUUAAGGAUGAUGACAUCAGAAGACAGAUUCAGGAACUACAAACCCAUAAGAACAGAGUUUUUGCCAAACGAGAUGAACUGAAUAUCUUGAGAAAGGAUAUCCACAAUAAGAAAGAAAAGUUUGAAUCUGUGUUGAGCAGCAUCAGUAAAGAAAAGGAAAAACUCAAUGACCUGAAGACUAGUCUGGAAAUGGAAAGACAAAGACUUGAGAAGGAGAGAGAUGAAGUAGAGGCUGAUCGUUCUGCGUUAAAAGUCAGAGAAGAUCAGUUCAUGAGUAAAAUACUGCCCAUCCAAACAGUGAUAGGUAAACUGAAAGUGCUCAAUGCAAAGACAUGUGUAGAUGUUCAAAAGAAGAUUUGUCAGUUGGAGCAAAACAGUGAAGACAUGCGGAAAUUAUCUCUGGUAUUGGAGCAGAAACUUUCAGACUUUGAAGUACAGAGAAACCAGAUAUGGGUUCACACUGACCUGACACAGAGAAAAAUGGCCGAUCUGAAAAUGUUAUCAGAUAUGGUAACACAAAGAAAAGAAAUGGAGAAUCAAUGGAAGCAAGAUCUUCAUGUGGAAACACUACAACUAAACAAACUGAAGGCCGAGCUGAAGGAAGAAAGACAAGAACUGCAAAGACAGAAUGAGACAAUGAAUAAAGAGAAAGUGGAGUUAUUGCUGAUGAGAUCUGACAUCAAGCAACAAACUGACCGACUGGAACAAGGGCAGCGAGAUAUGGAAAUGACAAAGAAUGAGCUACAAAAGACAAGGGAACAUGCACAAAGUCUGUUAGAUGAGAUAACGAGGGAGAAAACCAACAAUGAAGAUCUGAAUCUUCAGGUUCAGGCCCAAAGAGACAAACUCUAUGAUGUGAUAAAUUUAAUCACUCUCAAAGAAAAAGAACAACAACUAAGGGAGGAUAACAUCAAACAACAAUUUCAAGGACUGCAAAACCAUAUGAACAGAGUUUUGGCAGAAAGACAAGACCUGGACAUUUUGAGAAAGGAUCUUAACAAUAUGGAACAUGAGGUUGGAGCUUCUAUGAACAACAUCAGAGAGGAGAGAGAAACAUUCAUGAAUGAAAAGGACAGAAUUGAAGCACAACUGUUUGAGCUUAAAAUGAGAGGAAACAAAAUCCUGAAUGAAAUGAAAACACUGGAAACUCUGAGAGAAAGAUUUAAAGAGCUAAAUGAAAAGAUGAGUGAAGACAUGAAAAACAAAUUCAUCAGACUGCAACAAAACAAGGACGAAAUACUGAAAUUAGUCAGUGUUCUAGAGCAGAAACAUAAGGCUCUGGGUGCACAUGAAGCAACUAUGACGUAUUACACUGAGAAACUGGCCAAAGAAAGGGGAGGUUUGAUGAGUGUGUUGUCAGAAUUUGUCAGACAGAGACAAGACAUGGAAAGUCAACUGGAGCCAGUCACUUUCUCAGAAAAGGAAGCUCUUGUAAAUCUAAAGGCAGAACUGGAUCAAAAGAGAGAGGAUAUGGAAAGAAUGAGUGAAAUGAUGAACCAAGAAAAACUGGACUUGGAGCUGAUGAGAUCAGACAUCCAAAGGCAAAAUUACCUAAUAAAACAUGACAUAAAUGUGGAAAAAGAAAAGUUGGAAAUCGCAAAGACUGAACUUCAAAAGACUCAAGAACAUAAUGUCAAGCUGUUUGAGGAGAUAAGUCAAGAGAAAACCAACAUUGAAGACCUGAAAGUCCAGGUUCAGGAACAAAGAAAUAAACUUGAAGAUGUCAUUGGAAAGAUGACUUUACAACAAAAAGAACAAGAGCUGCAUGAUGACACCAUCAGAAGACUGAAACAAGAACUGGAAACCAGUGAGAACAGUAGACUAAGAGAAAGAACAGAACUUGAACUGUUGAAGAAUGAAAAAGACAAACUGGAAAGAGAAAAUUCUGAGCUGAUAAGAAGAGAAGAUGAAGUCUUAAAUAAAAUGAAAGACAUUGGAAUUCUGAAAGUAAAACUUCAACAACUGAAUGAAAGAAUGAGUGAGAACAUCAAACACAAAAUGGAAAGUUUACAACAAAACAAAGAAGACACACGACUUCUGUACACUGCACUGGAAGAACAGUUAAUUAAACUUGAUGGACAGAAAGAAAAACUGGCUUCUUCCACUGAAAUGUUGAGCAAAGAAAAGGAAAGUCUGAUAAGUUUACUGUCAGAUAUAGUCAUCCAGAAAAAGGACAUUGAGAAUGUAUGGAAGCAAAUGUCUCUGAAUGAAAAGUUACAUCUUGACAAACUGAAGGCAGAGCUGAAGGAAGAGAGAGAAGAUCUGGACAGAGCAAAUGAGAAGAUGAACAAUUCCAAACUGGAGUUUGAGCAGAUGAAGACUGACAUCAAGCAACAAACUGGCCAAUUAGAACAAGGAAGACGAGAUAUGGAAAUGACAAAGACUGAGAUACAGAAGAUGAAGGAACAUGCAGACAGUCUGUUUGAUGAGAUAAAGAGAGAUAAAACCAACAUUAAUGAUCUAAAACUUCAGGUUCAGGAACAAAGAGACAAACUUUAUGGCGUAUUAAACUCAAUUGCUAUGAAACAAAAAGAGCAAGAACAAAAAGAAGAUGACAUCAGAAGACAGAAUCAAGAAGUGCAACAUCACAUGAAGAGAGUUUUGAUUGAUAGAGAAGAACUGGACAUUUUGAGAAAGGAUGUUGAAAAUAAGCAACAUGAGGUUGAAGCUGCUAUGAACAACAUCAAAGAAGAGAGAGAACACUUCAGUCAGAUGAAGGCAGACAUUGACAAAGAGAGAGAAACACUGACGAGUGAAAAAGAUAGAAUUGGAGAACAAUGGUCUGAGCUGAAAAUGAGGGAAAAUGAAAUCAUGAAUGAAAUUAAAUCAUUGGAAUUUGUGAAAGCAAGACUUCAGGAGCUGAAUGAAAGAAUAAGUGAAGACAUGAAAAACAAAAUCAUCAGACUGGAACAAAACAACUACAAAAUACUGACACUAGUCAACGUUCUGGAGCAAAAACACAAGGCUCUGGAUGCACAAAAACAAACUAUCACAUGUUACACUGAAAAACUGGCCAGAGAAAAGGAAGGUUUAAGGAAGGUGUUGUCAGAAAUGAUCAGACAGAGACAAGACAUGGUCGGUCACCCAGAGUCAAACACUUUCUUAGACAAGGAAGAUCUCACUGAACUAAAGGAUCAAAAGACAGAGGAUAUGGAAAGAAUGAAUGAGAUGAUGAACCAAGACAAACUGGACUUAGAGAUGAUGAGGUCAGCCAUCCAGAGACAAAGUGACCGAUUACGACAUGAUAUAACAAAGGAAAAAGAAAAGUUGGAAAUCACAAUGACUGAACUUCAAAAAAAGAAAGCAGAUGCUGACAGACUGUUUGGUGAGAUAAACGAAGAGAAAAACACCAUUAAAGAUCUGAAACUUCAGGCUCAAGAACGAAGAGAUAAACUUGAAUAUGUUAAAAAGAUGAUUUCCAAACAAAAAGAACAAGAGCUACAUGAUGACACCAUCAGAAGACUGAAACAAGACCUGGAAUCCAGUGAGAACAGUAGAGUAAAAGAAAGAACAGAAUUUGAACUGUUGAAGAAGAAAAUCAACAAGACAAAAGGAGAAGCUGAAGCUGCCAUGAGCAGCAUUAAUGUAGAAAGAGAACAUCUCAGUCACAGGAAGAAUGAAAUUGAAAAAGAAAGAGAAAAUAUUUUGAAUGAAAAGGAAAAUCUGGAAAGAGAAAAUUCUGAGCUGAUAAGAAGAGAAGAUGAAGUCCUAAAUAAAAUGAGAGAUAUUGGCUUUCUAAAAGUAAAACUUCAACAGUUGAAUGAAAGAAUGAGUGAGAACAUGAAACAGAGAACAGAAAGUUUACAACAAAACAAAGAAGACACACGACUUCUGUACACUGCACUGGAAGAACAGUUAAUUAAACUUGAUGGACAGAAAGAAAAACUUGUUUGUUUCACUGAGUUGUUUGGCAGAGACAAGGAUGCUUUGAUAAGUUUACUGUCAGACACAGUCAUCCAGAAAGAGGACAUUGAGCUAAAAUAUCUGAAUGAAAAAUUACAUCUUGACAAACUGAAGGCAGAGCUGAAGGAAGAGAGAGAAGAACUUUCCAAACAUAAUGAGACAAUUAUGAAGGAGAUAUCGGAUUUUGAGCUGAUGAAAGCUGACAUCAAACAACAAUCUGACCUCAUGGAACAGGUUUGUGAGCAAAGAGACAAACUGAAGGAUGUGAUUAACUCAAUUGCUUUGAAACAAAAAGCGCAAGAAGAAAAGGGAGAUGACGUCAGGAGACAAAAGCAAGAACUGCAAAACCAUAUGAAUAGAGUUUUGGCAGAGAGACAAGAACUGGACGUUUUGAGAAAGGACGUCAAAAAUCAGCAACAUGAGGUUGAAGCUGCUAUGAACAACAUCAAAGAAGAGAGAGAACACUUCAGUCAGAUGAAGGCAGACAUUGACAAAGAGAGAGAAACACUUUUGAAAGAAAAGGACAUAAUCAAAGGACAAAUGUGUGAGCUGGAAGCAAGAGAAUAUAAGAUCAUGAGUGAAAUGAAAACAUUAGAAUCUCUGAGAGCAAGACUUCACGAGCUGAAAGAAAGAACAAGUGAAGACGUGAAAAACAAAAUCACCAAACUGGAACAAAACGAGGAGAACCUACUGAAACUAGUCAGUGUUCUGGAGCAAAAACAUGAAGCUCUGGAUGCACAAAAACUAACUGUGACAGGUUACACUGAGAAACUGGCCACAGAAAGGGAAAGUUUGAGGAGUUUGUGGUCAGAAAUGGUCAGAGAGAGACGAGACAUGGAAGGUCACAAGACAGAUCAGGUCAAACUGAAGACAAAGGUGGACAACAAGAGAGAAGAUCUGGAAAGAAUGAACGAGGCGAUGAAGGAGCCGAUAUCGUCUGAUAUCCAGAAACAACAUGACUUAAAAGAGGACAAAGAAAAGCUGGAAAUCACAAAGGCUGAACUUCAGAAGCUGAAGGAACAUGCAGGCAGACUGCUUCAUGACAUAAACAGACAUAAAACCAACAUUAAAGAUCUAAACCUUCAGGUUCAGGCACAACGAGACAAACUUCAAGAGGUCUUUAACACAAUCGCUUUGAAACAAAAAGAACAAGAACGAAAGUAUGAAGAAGUCAGAAGACAAUUUCAGCAACUACAAACCCAUAUGAGCAGAGUUUUCGCAGAGAGAGAAGUUUUGAGACAGGAACUCAGUCAGAAGAAUCAAGAACUGGAUAGAAUAAAUCGGACAGCGAGCGAGAAGCGGGAGUUGGAUCGGAUCAGACCUGACAUUGCGACAAAAAUAAAGACGUUCCAACAAGACGUGAAGGAGAGAAUAGAAGAUAUUGAUCUUCAAAGCCAGAAAAAGACGACUCACGCUGUACUCGAUCAGAUCAACCGCGAGAACAUGAAGAUUAAAGAUCAGUCUCUUCAGUUUCAGAAGUUUAAGAAUGUCGUGCAAAUGAUUGCACAGAAACUACAAGAACACAAAUUAGACCACGACGAGACCCAAGGACAGGUCCAAGAUUUGGAAACUACAAGGGGAAAAGAAGAAGGGGAGGAGAACAUCAUCAACCAAGAGAGUCAAGUCCACAUGAAGCGCCGUAACGACACAGCUGACAAAGAAGAAGGUCUCAUCAGUAUGAUCGAGCAGAGAGAAGACAUGGAAAAGUUACAGCUUGACAAACUAAAAGCAGAGCUGAAGGAAGAGAGAGAGGACCUGGACAAAGAGAGAGUAAACUUAAAACUGAUGAAAUCCAACAAUGAGACAGAAACCGAGAAAUUAGAACAAGAUAAAAAAGAUGUCGAAGAGCAAAAGGACGAGCUGGGAAUCACAAUCCUGGAGAUGAACCACGAAAAAGAACGACUGUGUCAAAUGAUGGCGACUCUUGACAGGGAGAAGGAAAGGUUCAUUCACGAAAAGCAGGGAAUGAAAGAGGAAGCGUGCGAGCAUUGUCUGAACACCAUGGCUCACGUGAGAGCAAAACUGGGACAGUUGACUCAAAGAACACGCAACGUCUUCAGGAAGAGCACGGACAACCUCGAGCACAAAAUUGUCGAGAUACUGGAACUGACUUCCGUCUUAGAACACGAGUGUUGUGAGUUGGAUACACAGAGACGUGUCAUCGCUGGUUAUUGUGAAGUGAUGCAAAAACAUGUGGGGACAAAGACAUUUGACCAGGCAGUACAGACUGAGGAUUUCAAGAAACGGGAGGAGAGUCAAGUUGUAGUGACUGAUAUUGAAGGAGAAAGUAAAGAUUUAAAAAUAGUUGUCGAGUCGUCGCCAGAACAAGGUGACAAAGCGUCAAGGAGAGAGAGUCUGCGCAAGAUUUGGAAGGAAACUAAAAAAGACCGGAAGGAGAUUGAUCACAUGGUGUUCAGAGGCAACGAAAUGAGACACAACCUGGAGAGGAGACUCAAGGUGGUCAAUCAGUUUGUUAAGAGAACAUUGUUUCAGAAGGAGAAGACAGAAGAAGUGGAACAAGAACCUGCAAGUCCUCACACAACAUCUAAAAGCCACUGGGAGAAGAACCAGAGGGCUCUUGACCAAAAAUACGCAGAACUCCAACAACUCAAGACUCAGAUGCUCGGUGAGAUCGAGAAACUCCGCGUGAAAGAAACGGCGUCAAGGGCACAGACGACGACCAGCGACAAAGCUAAUCAGACGUCACGGGUGGACGUCGCCGCGGCGCAGACGACACAACAAGCGUCGACUGAGACACAUGAGCACACCGUGUUUCAAUCUCAAGCAGCUUCUGAGGCGUUGAGCGGACUCUUCGGGCAGCUCCGGCAUUACUGCUGUCAGUGCUGCUGCCCUUGUUGUGCCAGCUGUGAACAAGUGUGUGAACAAGAGGAGAAGUGAGAGACGGAAGUGUGAAGUCAUUUUGUAAAUGAAGUAAUGUAUAAGCCAUACAACUGAACACAACUAAAUAUAACAGUAUCUCUGCAGAUUAGGAAACUGUGAUGAUUGUGUGUCAAACAUCAGUCACCUUUCAUGGCUUUUAUACAAUAUUUUCAUGUGUAUUAAAUAUUAAUAGUAUUUUAGGAAUGAAUGCUGUGAAAAAGAAUCUUGUUUUUAUUCAUUUUCUUUCUAUCUAUCUAUCUAUCUAUCGCUUUUUGUUCUUGCAUCUCUUGUGAGGUUGCCAUUUCUUUACUUGUAAGAUUAUUUAGGAAACAUACCCGAUAUAUAUGCAGUAUAUAUGUAUAUAUAUACAUAUAUGUAUAUUAUUAAUAAAUACAGUACAUAAAAAUAAGACAUAUGAUCAUUUUCCAAGAAGCUUUUUUUUAUCUAAUAAAUGUACCACCAAUAUUACAA